GGUACCGUCACCGUUACUGGCAGCGGCUCCGGCACCGGGGGUGGCUGCGGUCCCGGCGCCGGCAGCAUUGCGGGUCCCCGGUUCCCCCCGGUGCCGGGGAUGAUGGAGCCGGUGCCGGGCUCCAGGAAGAGCCUGUCGCUGUCGCUGCCGGUGCCCCGGGAGGGCCCGGGCCCCCUGCGCCCCCCGCAGCACCUCUGGCGCCAGCCCCGCACCCCGAUCCGCAUCCGCCACCGCGGCUUCUCCGACACCGACCGGCACCGGCCCCGGCCCAUGGAGCGGGCGGAUGCCGUGGACACCGGGGACCGGCCCGGGCUGCGCAGCGCCCGCAUGUCCUGGCCCUCCUCCCUCCAUGGGACCCCUGGCACCGGCAAGCGCUCGGAGGUGGAGAAUGGCCCGUGGGGGGGGCACAGCCCCCCGGACCCCCAGGCCAGCCCAGGCCGGGGGCUCCUGGCCGGGGCCCCCCCGGCGCAGCGCCGCGAGUCCUUCCUGUACCGCUCCGACAGCGACUUCGACGCCUCCCCCAAGAGCAUCUCCCGCAACUCCUCCAUCGCCAGCGAGGCCCACGCCGAGGACUUGAUCGUCACCCCCUUCGCUCAGGUCCUGGCCAGUCUCCGCAGUGUCCGCAGCAACUUUUCCAUCCUGACCAAAGUCACGACGCCCCCGGGCAGCAAGCGGUCACCCAUCGGCUCCCAGCCCCCCCUCUGCAAGGCCACGCUCUCAGAGGAGACGUCCCAGCAGCUGGCACGGGAGACGCUGGAGGAGCUGGACUGGUGCCUGGAGCAGCUGGAGACCCUCCAGACCCACCGGGCGGUCAGCGAGAUGGCCUCCAACAAGUUCAAGCGGAUGCUGAACCGGGAGCUGACCCACCUGUCCGAGAUGAGCCGCUCUGGGAACCAGGUGUCCGAGUACAUCGCCAGCACCUUCCUUGACAAGCAGCCCGAGGUGGAGAUCCCGAGCCCCGGCCCCCCCGAGCGGGAGAAGAAGCGGCGGCUGCCCCCGGGCCUGGGCGGGGCCGUGAAGUCGCUGCCCCCCGGCUGCGACCCCGGCCCGGGCUGCGACCCCCUCCCCGUGCCCCGAUUCGGCGUCGAGACCGACCGGGAGGAGCAGCUGGGAAAGGAGCUCGACAGCCUCAACAAGUGGGGCCUGAACAUCUUCCGCGUGUCUGAGUUCUCCAACAACCGCUCCCUGAGCUGCAUCAUGUUCACCAUCUUCCAGGAGCGGGACCUGGUGCGGACGUUCGGGAUCCCGGAGCGGGCGCUGCUGGGCUACGCGCGGGCGCUGGAGCAGCACUACCACCCCGACGUGGCCUACCACAACAGCCUGCACGCCGCCGACGUCCUGCAGUCCACGCACGUCCUGCUGGCCACCCCCGCCCUCGACGCCGUGUUCACGGACCUGGAGGUCUUGGCCGCCCUUUUCGCCGCCGCCAUCCACGACGUCGACCACCCCGGGGUGUCCAACCAGUUCCUCAUCAACACCAACUCGGAGCUGGCGCUGCUCUACAACGACGAGUCGGUGCUGGAGAACCAUCACUUGGCCGUGGGCUUCAAGCUGCUCCAGGAGCGCAACUGCGACAUCUUCCAGAACCUGUCGCGACGGCAGCGCCAGGCCCUGCGCCAGAUGGUCAUCGACAUGGUCCUGGCCACGGACAUGUCCAAGCACAUGAGCCUCCUGGCUGACCUCAAGACCAUGGUGGAGACCAAGAAGGUGACCAGUUCGGGGGUCCUGCUGCUGGACAACUACACUGACCGCAUCCAGGUGCUGCGGAACAUGGUGCACUGUGCCGACCUGAGCAACCCCACGAAGCCGCUGGGGCUGUACCGGCAGUGGACGGAGCGGAUCAUGGAGGAGUUCUUCCGGCAGGGAGACCGCGAGCGCGAGCGCGGCAUGGAGAUCAGCCCCAUGUGCGACAAGCACAGCGCCUCCGUGGAGAAGUCACAGGUGGGCUUCAUCGACUACGUGGUGCAGCCGCUGUGGGAGACCUGGGGGGACCUGGUGCACCCGGACGCGCGGGAGAUGCUGGAGACGCUGGAGGAGAACCGGGAGUGGUUCCGGCGCCGGGUCCCGCGCAGCCCCGAGCCCCCCCCCGAGCCCCCCCCCGCCGGGCCCGCCCCGCCCCCCCCCCCACGGCUCCAAUAA